AUGGAUGUGUUUCUCAUGAUCCAGCGCCACAAGACCACCACCAUCUUUAUGGACGCCAAGGAGUCGAGCACAGUGUUCGAACUGAAGUGCAUCGUCGAGGGCAUCAUCAAGCGGCCGCCAGAGGAGCAGCGGCUGUACAAGGACGACCAGCUCCUCAAUGAUGGAAAAACUCUGGGCGAAUGUGGCUUCACCAGUCAGACAGCAAGGCCACAGACCCCAGCCACAGUGUGCCUGGCCUUUCGAGCAGAUGACACCGUUGAAGCACUGCUUAUUGAACCCUUCUCCAGCCCUCGGAGCUUCCAGAUGUGAUGAAGCCACAGGAUUCUGGAGGCAGUGCCAAUGAACAAGCUGUGCAGUGAGGGCCCCAGGCCUACCCCCUAGAAACCCACUCCCCAAUAAAAAAAAGAUUUGGCUGUCUAAAAACAAAAAAAAGGAGAG